UAUGCCUUGCCACAUCAUGGAUAGGACAUGCAAGCUAUUUUUAUUACGAUUCGGUUCUUGCCCGGCCAUUUUGUGGUAACCCUUGUGAGUCCUUAAAUUUCCGCAAGGAAUCCUUACACACUUUUCAAGAUGGGUAGGGAGGACAAAACAUCAUGGAAGGCAAAUUAUUUCACCAAGCUUGUACAACUAUUGGAUGAUUAUCCAAAAUGUUUUAUUGUGGGAGCCGACAAUGUUGGCUCCAAACAAAUGCAACAAAUACGUAUGUCAUUGCGUGGAAAUGCAGUAGUCUUGAUGGGCAAGAACACCAUGAUGAGAAAAGCUAUUCGUGGUCAUGUUGAACGCAAUGCUGCGUUAGAAAAAUUGCUACCUCAUAUUCGUGGUAAUGUCGGAUUUGUCUUUACUCGGGGGGAUUUGAUCGAAGUAAGGGACAAAUUACUGGAGAACAAAGUGCGUGCACCUGCUAGAGCUGGUGCUAUAGCACCUUUGAGCGUCAUCAUCCCAGCUCAAAAUACAGGUCUCGGUCCUGAAAAGACUUCGUUCUUCCAAGCUCUAAGUAUACCGACAAAAAUUUCCAAGGGUACAAUCGAAAUUAUUAAUGAUGUGCACAUCCUUAAACCUGGUGACAAAGUGGGAGCUUCGGAAGCUACGCUUCUGAAUAUGCUAAACAUUUCUCCAUUCUCGUACGGUUUACUUGUCGAACAAGUAUAUGAUUCCGGCACCAUUUUUGCACCCGAAAUUUUGGACAUCAAAUCUGAGGAUCUCCGUGAGAAAUUCCUAGCUGGAGUUGCAAAUGUGGCAUCCAUUUGUUUAGCAAUUGGUUAUCCCACAGUCGCUAGUGCACCGCAUAGCAUUGUUAAUGGCUUCAAGAAUCUGUUGGCCAUUGCUGCUGUUACCGAUGUUGAUUUCGCAGAAGCUGCCACUAUCAAGGAAUAUAUCAAGGAUCCGAGCAAGUUUGCUACCGCCGCUGUAGCGGCUCCGUCAGCGGAAACUACAGACACUCCUGUUGCAGAGAAAAAGGAAGAAAAGAAGGAGGAAUCCGAAGAGUCUGACGAUGACAUGGGAUUCGGAUUGUUUGAUUAAAAAAACUGUCCGAUGAAUGCAUUUUGUCUCUGAUGUUGAAAUAAAAAAAACUGCAUUUGUAUGAUUUGAA